AUGGAUACUGGUGUCCUGUCAGUAUAUUACAUGGCUACUGGUGUCCUGUCAGUAUAUUACAUGGCUACUGGUGUCCUGUCAGUAUAUUACAUGGCUACUGGUGUCCUGUCAGUAUAUUACAUGGCUACUGGUGUCCUGUCUGUAUAUUACAUGGCUAGUGGUGUCCUGUCAGUAUAUUACAUGGCUAGUGGUGUCCUGUCAGUAUAUUACAUGGCUAGUGGUGUCCUGUCAGUAUAUUACAUGGCUAGUGGUGUCCUGUCAGUAUAUUACAUGGCUACUGGUGUCCUGUCAGUAUAUUACAUGGCUACUGGUGUCCUGUCAGUAUAUUACAUGGCUACUGGUGUCCUGUCAGUAUAUUACAUGGCUACUGGUGUCCUGUCUGUAUAUUACAUGGCUAGUGGUGUCCUGUCAGUAUAUUACAUGGCUAGUGGUGUCCUGUCAGUAUAUUACAUGGCUAAUGGUGUCCUGUCAGUAUAUUACAUGGUUACUGGUGUCCUGUCAGUAUAUUUCAUGUCCACUGGUGUCCUGUCAGUAUAUUAAAUGGAUACUGGUGUCCUGUCAGUAUAUUACAUGGCUACUGGUGUCCUCUCAGCAUAUUACAUGGCUACUGGUGUCCUGUCAGCAUAUUACAUGGUUACUGGUGUCCUGUCAGUAUAUUUCAUGUCCACUGGUGUCCUGUCAAUAUAUUAAAUGGCUACUAGUGUCCUGUCAAUAUAUUUUAUUGGUUACUGGUGUCCUGUCAGUAUAUUACAUGGCCACUGGUGUCCUGUCAGUAUAUUACAUGGAUACUGGUGUCCUGUCAGUAUGUUACAUGGCUACUGGUGUCUUGACAGUAUAUUAAAUGGCUACUGGUGUCCUGUCAGUAUUUUACAUGGAUACUGGUGUCCUGUCAGUAUAUGACAUGGAUACUGGUGUCCUGUCAGUAUUUUAGAUGGCUACUGGUGUCCUGUCAGUAUAUUUCAUGGCUACUGGUGUCCUGUCAGUAUAUUACAUGGAUACUGGUGUCCUGUCAGUAUAUUACAUGGAUACUCGUGUCCUGUUAGUAUUUUACAUGGAUACUGGUGUCCUGUCAGUAUCUUACAUGGCUAAUGGUGUUGUGUCAGCAUAUUACAUGGCUACUGGUGUCCUGUUAGUAUAUUAAAUGGAUACUGGUGUCUUGUCAGUAUGUUACAUGGAUACUGGUGUCCUGUCAGUAUAUUACAUGGUUACUGGUGUCCUCUAAGUAUAUUACAUGGAUACUGGUGUCCUGUCAGUAUAUUACAUGGCUACUGGUGUCUUGUCAGUAUAUUACAUGGCUAUUUGUGUCUUGUCUGUAUAUUACAUGGCUACUGGUGUCCUGUAUCUAUAUUUCAUGUCUACUGGUGUCCUGUCUCUAUAUACUACAUGGAUACUGGUGUACUGUCAGUAUAUUACAUGGAUACUGGUGUCCUGUCAGUAUAUUAAAUGGAUACUGGUGUCCUGUCAGUAUAUUACAUGGAUACUGGUGUCCUGUCAGUAUAUUACAUGGAUACUGGUGUCCUGUCAGUAUAUUACAUGGAUACUGGUGUCCUGUCAGUAUAUUAAAUGGAUACUGGUGUCCUGUCAGUAUAUUAAAUGGAUACUGGUGUCCUGUCAGUAUAUUACGUAG